ACAUAUCACUUAUGGGUAUACUUGUAAAUAAUGAUUUUAAUCAUGUGCAGCAGGUACAGUGGGAGGAAAGACCAGGACUUUGCUCAGUUUUGGGACACUGAAGUGCGGAUGUUGAUGAACGUUUACCUGUGUGUGAAUAGAUUGAUGUUGGGAGCUUGUGUUCACUGUGUGCACCAUGCAGCCUGAGGUUUGCAUACUAAGACUUGACUAUGGCCGCAGACUUCAAACAUCAACGAUUGUGAGGGUCUGGAUUUCACAAGAUUUUCAUUACAGUAUUGCCGGAGACAACAUAGAAACUAGGCAAUAAAGGAAAUCACAUCUGAUGCAAGAGAGAAACCAUGUGCAAUGGAUUGCUUGCGUUUAUCAGCCUAUUGAAAAAGACAUCCGUCUUACAGCUUUAACACGUUAGCUGCUUGCUUAUCAGUCAAAUGCAGUCAACUGGAAUUUAAAAUUUUACAGUUGUCAUGGGAAAUAAUAAAAUCAUGUAGUUUUGAAGAUGCAGGUAUAAAAUAUUUUGUUUGAGAAUGCAUCUAUAUACAAUGAUUCUUAAAAACUUAAAUUCACCCAGAUCGGGUUUCAGAAUCAAGUCUUAUACGUCUAUUUUAACACUGUAUAAUUUGUUUGUUUUAUCGCUGUAGAGACUGUAGUACCUCUCCUCUCCACCGGUGGGCGGCGCUAAAGACAGACUCGCACAUGUUAGCUAUUUUUCAGUUACACGAAGGAGUCUGAGUGGCAAGAACAUGGCGACCUCCUUAUGUAGGACGUUGAAAUGCCUUCAAUCGGCAACAUGUCAGAAUAUAAAGUUCGCGCGCCUGCCGGUGUUGGUUCCGAUCCGCACAAAGAAGCGCUACUUCAUUCCUCCUGCGGGGAAUGUGAAGCAGAAAAGCCAAAACGACCAGGAGACUAAAGCCCGGGCUGCUGGUAUGGUGGUCCGGCAGCAGUACAUAGAGAGAGCCAUCAACAUCUCAUGCACAGCGGGCAUCUUUGAUCCGUAUAUUCCUCCUGAAGGAGAUGCACGCCUCUCCACGCUGUCCAAAGAAGGUCUGAAGCAGCGCACAGAACAGCUGCGUCAGAGCGCAGCAUCACAGCUGGCGUUUCGUAAAAUAAAGGACCACGACCCUGAGUUCUCCACUAAACAGUUCCCAGCACUAGCUCAGCAAAUCUUCAUAGAUGCUCAUGCAGCACUCACACAAUUUAACAAAGAAAAGCUUCAUUCUUUGGUGACAGAGAGGUGUUACCCUGAGAUGGUUCAGGGGAACCGUUAUAAGACUCUGCGCUGGCGCUUCAUUGAGUCACUGGAGCCGCCGCGGGUGGUCCAUGCAAGGUGUCCUGACAUGAUCAGCAAAGGCAACCUGUACGGUCAGGUGACUCUCCGUAUGCAUUCUAGACAGACAUUGGCAAUCUAUGACCGCUUUGGCCGGUUGAUGCUUGGGGAUGAAGAGGAACCCAGGGACGUCCUGGAAUACCUAGUGCUGGAGAGGCAUCUGGUCAACCCCUAUGGGCGCUGGAGACUUCAUGGCAAGAUUGUUCCAGCAUGGGCUCCACCAAAAGAACCCAUUAUUAAGACUGUCAUGAUUCCUGGUCCUAAGCUGAAGCCUGAGGAGGACUUUGAGGAUCUGCAUUACCAGGUACCAAAGCCAAAGGCAGUGCAGUGGUACAAGUAAUUCUGAAUGUGGUGCCUUACUCCAUCCAACACGUGUCCACUCUGUACAGACUGAUUCCCAAUAAUCAAAAUAAAUAUUGC